AUGAUGAUGGCGAGAGGUUUGGUUUCUAUGCUCUGUUUCAUGAGCUUGGUGUACGGGCAAUCGACUCCUGAUCUGGCGUCCAUGAACGCUCUGAGAAAAUCCUUGACGCUACCGACAGGUUUCGGGUGGACCGAGACGGAUCCUUGUCUCUGGAAGGGUUGUCAAUGCGACACAAGCAAACGGAUUACCCGGAUCCAACUCGGUGACACUAGUAUCUCUGGAACGCUCCCUUCUGAGAUAGGAAAGCUAUCGUCUUUGACUGUUUUCGAGGUUAUGAACAACCAAUUAACAGGGAAGAUCCCCAGUCUUUCUGGGUUGAGUUCGUUACAGAGGGUUAAUCUUCAUGACAAUCGAUUCACUUCCAUCGACGCCGAUUUCUUCACCGGUUUGAGUUCCCUUCAGAGUCUCGAUCUUGACAACAAUCCCUUUGGUCCAUGGGAAAUCCCUUUGAGCUUAAAGAAUGCCACUUCCCUUGUAGAGUUUUCCGCCAACAACUGCACUCUUUCCGGGAAAGUCCCCCCCGAUUUUCUCGGAGGCCUCACGUUCCCUAGUUUGACGACUCUGAAACUAUCUGCUAAUUUUCUCGUAGGUGAACUUCCGAUGAGCCUUUCGGAAUCACCUGUUCAAGUUCUCUUGCUCAACGGCCAAAAGGGAGUGGAGAAGCUCAAUGGGUCAAUUUCAGUUGUGCAGAAGAUGACUGCUUUAACAGAGGUAUCGCUACAGGGAAACGGGUUCUCCGGUCCCAUACCGGACUUUUCCGGUCUUGUCUCGCUGAAAAGUUUCAAUGUCAGGGAGAAUCAGCUUACGGGUAUCGUACCUUCCUCUUUAACCGAGUUGGAAUCUCUUUCUGAUGUGGCUUUGGGAAAUAAUUUGCUUCAAGGACCAACACCAAUCUUCAAGGCUGAUAUGACUGGGCUCAAUAGUUUCUGCUUAAAUACUUCAGGUACUCCUUGUGAUCCCCGCGUUAACACUCUGCUUUCAAUCGUUGAAGCUUUUGGUUACCCGGUGAGAUUUGCGCAGAGUUGGAAAGGAAAUGAUCCUUGUAAUGGUAAUGGCUGGGUAGGGAUCACUUGUUCCGGACCUGAUAUUACAGUUAUCAACUUCAAAAACAUGGGACUCACUGGCACAAUCUCGCCACGGUUUGUGGAUUUUACAUCUCUUCAGGUUAUCAAUCUCUCUCAGAAUAAUCUUACCGGUGCUAUUCCACAAGAGCUCACUAAGUUGAGUAAAUUGAAAACUUUAGAUGUUUCGAACAAUCACUUGUAUGGUAAGGUACCAGAUUUUAAGCCAAAUGUUGUAGAGACGAGUGGGAACCCUGACAUUGGAAAGGAUGGCCUCGACCUGCUCCAGGUUCCCCUGGUUCGUCUUCCGGGAAUAGUGGCAAGAAAGCAUCUAAAAAAGAUGCAAUACCAUAAGAUGCACCCCCAGCAAGAUUCUGGUGACCAAGAUGCACUCAAGAUUACUAUAGAGAAUUUGGGUGCUAGUGGAAGUGAAAGUGGACUUAGUGGUAACGACGCUCAUUUGGUGGAAGCUGUGAAUAUCGCAAUCUCGAUACAGGUUUUGAGGGAUGCGACAGAUAAUUUCAACGAGAAGAAUAUACUUGGGAGAGGCGGAUUUGGAACUGUUUACAAGGGAGAAUUGCAUGAUGGAACAAAGAUUGCAGUCAAGAGAAUGGAAUCUUCAAUUAUAAGUGGAAAGGGUCUAGAUGAAUUUAAAUCAGAGAUUGCUGUUCUAACUAGAGUUCGUCACCGGAAUCUAGUGGUUCUUCAUGGAUAUUGCUUAGAAGGCAAUGAGAGGCUUCUGGUUUAUCAAUACAUGCCCCAGGGGACAUUAUGUAGGUAUAUUUUCCAUUGGAAAGACCAACACUUAGAACCCUUAGAGUGGACUAGACGGUUGAUUAUUGCAUUGGAUGUGGCUAGAGGAGUAGAAUAUUUGCAUUCUUUAGCGCAUCAAAGUUUCAUACACAGAGAUCUCAAAUCUUCUAAUAUUCUUCUUGGAGACGAUAUGCAUGCCAAAGUUGCUGACUUUGGAUUAGUCCGGCUUGCGCCAGAAGGCGCACAAUCGAUUGAGACAAAAAUUGCUGGAACUUUUGGUUAUCUUGCACCAGAAUAUGCUGUGACCGGAAGAGUUACAACAAAGGUUGAUGUUUACAGCUUUGGAGUCAUCCUUAUGGAGCUAUUAACGGGUCGAAAAGCUCUUGACGGUACGAAAUCUGAGGAAGAAGUACACCUUGCCACAUGGUUCAGGAGAAUGUUCAUCGAGAAAGACUCAUUCUCAAAGGCCAUCGACAAGACCAUUACGAUCACCGAAGAGACACUUGGUAGCAUCAACACAGUGGCUGAGCUUGCUAGCCAUUGCUGCGCCAGGGAACCACAACAAAGACCAGACAUGAGUCACGUAGUCAAUGUGUUGGUCUCACUUGUUGAACAGUGGAAACCCGCUGAACGAAGCCGAGACUUAGAAGAUAUAAAUGGAUUCGAUUACAAGUCAUUUUUUUCUCAAAUGGGGUUAGGGGGAAGUACUAGCAAUGCAGGUAAUACUCUGACGAGUUUUCCGUCCCAACCUCCGGAGUUUGAGAACACAUUCAAAUCAGGACAAGGGAGGUAA